GUCUGGGACCACUUCAGCGGGACAAAAGACCCUCCGACCACCUACUGGUCCUACCUCAUCCGCUUUCGCUUGCCACCGCAAAAACAAAACAAAAAACUUAUCAGUAACUUGCAUUUUGGGGACUAACCCAUCCACCACCUGGAAGACCUCUCGAACCACUAGUGGUCCGAAGAUCAUGUUUUGAGAACCACUGUUUUAAGUCUUACCAUGAAAGGCCUCAGUUGGUCCCAAGCCCAAGUCACGGAGCGGGAGACGCUGGUAGUCCCCUGUCCCUAGAAAGCUGGUACGCCUCCGACUUGGACGCCUGGCUGCGAGACAGUGAAGUUCCAAAUAAAGAAUCCACUAAGAUUGGCUUCAGCACCCAGCAACAAGAAAUGAACAAAUUACUAGAUUCCAGCCUGCUUUCUUACGGGAACACUUCUGCAAGACUAAGUGGGCUUACUGGUGAUAGUUCAACUAAGCUGGCCAGUUCGACUGUCUCGUAUAAACAGUCUGUCCACGUUAACAUUCCUUCUCCAGAAUCAUCGUUCAGCUCUACCCCUGCCGAAAGUCCUACUUUAUACGAUACUGUACUGCCUACAUCAAAUUCGAGAAACGUUUCGAACAUAGUUAGCAGUCCUCCAUAUUUGCCCGUACCGGUGGAAGAAAUUAAGCGAGAACUGCCAGAUGAAUUCAGCAGUGGAUGUACCAAUGAUUUGGGAUCAUUUUAUGGCGCCCUCCAAAAUUUAGUCAAGACUGAAGAUGAGUUUGCCGGCCCGUGUCAACUGUCACAAGAAAAGUUUCAACAAGUACAAAGUCUCGCUAUGGAGCAGGUCUCUCGCGACAUUGACUUAGCUUGUCAAGUGCUUGGCAUAUCUCGUGAUCCCACUGAUUGGUCUGCGGCAGACGUUCGAGCAUGGUUUGUGUGGACUGUGAAACAAUACAACCUCCCCAACAUACUUGUUGAUUAUUUUGCUAUGGAUGGGGUGGCUCUGUGCUCUCUGACAGAAGAAGAUUUUCAACGUAGAGCCCCACGUGAUGGAGAAACACUUUUUGCUCAAUUAGACAUCUGGAAAACUGCUGUAAAUAUACGAAAGAGUGGUCAAAACAUGAGUAUGUCGCCGUUUCGAGUGGAAGAUAGUAUUCUCGACAUCAAUGGUCUUUUAAACCAAUGGUCAGGCUCAGUCUCAGCAGUAAGUACGCCGCCUUCUCGCACCAAUCUUGUUGAUACAGUGGGUAACAAAAUGCCGAAUGGUCAUAUUUCUGCUUCAGCUGGUUCUGGAUGUGGAAACGGUACUUUCGACAGUUCCCUCAUUAUGGGAACUGAAGGACUGCCAGUUCUUGCAAGUAGCAAGUACGCCAACGACAGCUUACAUAGUGAUGAUGAAACAAGUGAAGACAGUUGUGAGGUUGAACGAUUUGCAGGUACAAGGUCUGGAUCUCAUUCACACAUCCACCUGUGGCAGUUUCUGAAAGAGCUUUUAAGUCAGCCGCAGAUGUAUGGAAGCUGUAUCCGCUGGCUUGAUCGUUCCAAGAGUGUUUUCAAAAUUGAAGAUUCUGUCAGGGUUGCUCGCCUUUGGGGUAAGCGAAAGAACAGACCAGCCAUGAAUUACGACAAACUCAGCCGUUCUAUUCGUCAGUACUAUAAGAAAGGCAUCAUGAAGAAAACCGAGCGUUCGCAGCGGCUGGUGUAUCAAUUCUGUCAUCCAUACGGCCUGUAGAUUUAGCCUAAUGGCGGCGUAAUCAAGCUUCGAGUGCAACAUCAUUUCGAGCUUAAUUUUUUUCUUCAUCAUUUUUUCGUUUACUGAUGAUUUCACAAUUGUCUAGCUGGUCUAUGAAAUGUGAAAUCACUCAGUCUUUUUGCAUAUGUAAAUAUCAUUUAAUCUAUGGGCUGGACCCAUAUCUAAGAAUAUAUAUUUUGUUUGAUAAUAACAUCUUUGAGUAGGCUUAUGGCAAUGACUGGUCUUGAAGGUAUAAUUCUUGACCUGUUGGCCUAGUUAGUAAAUUUCUUCUUGAAUAAUGUUAAAAAAAAAAGAAAAUUAUUUCCUCGAAUACUUGAUGAUUUAUACGAUUGGUUUUUUGUAUUUAAACUAUAAUAAAACUAAUUCUAGCUGGCAUGCUUAAGCCUACUCAACAAAUAUAAUAUGAUUGUUUUUCGCGAAUAGUAAUUUUACCGCAUGUUUGAGUUGUUACGCAAUUUUAGUUCUCUGCAUGACACUGACGACCCCUGGUGAGCCUUGUGUAUUGAGACUAGGAUCCUAGGUCGGUUGUUUUGCAAGCAGGUGAGCUGAAUGCGUACACCCAUAAUAUCUUGGCCCUUGCACUAAGUAGUGGUGUGAUGUUCUCCAAGCAUAAGUGGGAUUGAAAGAACUCAAACUCCGGUGAAGUUUUUCCCAUAUAUCAAUGAUAUAUAGUGGUAUGUUCUAAGAACACGCUAUAUUUCAGUUGGUCUCACGUGAGACCAACUGAGAUUAUUAUUAUUAUUAUUAUUAUUAUUCUAAGGGUUGGUGUAUAGGUUAAGGAUUGAUAUUAAUCAAGUUUAUAGAAAGUUUAUAAUUUCAGGAAUGCUUAAUUUUUUCGCACUGUAAGUGGGUUGAUGGUAAACGAACAUUAUUAUUCAGUCUCGUUAUUCUUUCUGAAACUUUAACAUGUUUUUUCACGUAAAUAGUGGAAAGGCCAAGCAGAAAGAAGUAGCGAUGGCAUAUAUUAUCGGUGUUAUUCUAAUAUAAUCCUUUACUGGUGUGGGUCGCUAUAUUUUUCGGAUGAUCAAUGUAUAGUUACACAUACAUGACAUCAUUUGUUUGUGGGUUUUGUUUCAUAACUUCGUAAAAAAUACAUGGUUUAGCGAUUUUUUAUGUUUUACGUUAUGUGAAUGUAAAUACAGUUUUCCAAUGCUAUAAUGGAGAGGUAUAGUUGUAGUAACAUAUUUUAUCUCUGCUAGCUUACUUGUAAAGACAAGUUAAAUUGGAUAAAAUAGUAUGUAUUGUGUUUAGUAUUAGAAUAAAUGGUGAAAGUAAAUUGACUGAAACAUUUCUGAAAAGUGUUUGAAAAGUGCAGUCGUAGGUUGUAGGUUGAUAAUGAUUGUGUUAAACUGUUCUUGAAGAAAUGUAAGUUUUGGAAUAUUUCAAAUAAAAUUUGAUUCAAAAUA